CCUAACAUCAAGUGUUUUUCAGGGAACAGGAAACAGGCUCACUGAGGGGUUGCCCGCCCAGGGACCCACAGGAUGCCUCCUCCUGGCCCCUGUCUGCCGGGUGGUCUGGGGACUCAGUCCUGGGCCCCGUUCCUGGGCCUGUGCUGGGCAGGAGGCCCUGUAAUUGCAGCCGCUGUUCCCACCCCUGCCCACAGCCCGGGGAAGCCCCGACUCGCCCAGGCCCAGGCAGUGACAAUGCCUCCCAUUCAGCCCUGUCCCUGGCUGAGCCUGUGGGCCAAGGAGGGGGGCUCCUGCGGGCCUGCCGGCAGGGCCCAUUACCAACGUUUCCUUGCACUGUGCCUCCAGGCUGGCCUGGCUGUUCCUUCCAGUGGCAUGGAGCGGGCCCAGACCUCCGCCCACAUCCCUUCAGUGGUGGUGUUGGUGCUGCUGCUGCCUUUGGGCCCAGCUUGGCAUGUGGCUGCCCAGCGCUGCCCAGAGCCCUGCAUCUGUGACAAUGCCAGGCGGUAUGUUUCCUGCCGGCACCAGAACCUCACUGAGGUGCCCAGCGCCCUCCCAGAGCUCACCCAGAGGCUGGACCUGCAGGGGAACGCGCUGAGGCUGAUCCCGCCGGCCGCCUUCCGGGACCUGCCGCACCUCACGCACCUGGACCUGCGGCACUGCCAGGUGGAGGAGGUGGCUGAGGGCGCCUUCCGGGGCCUGGGCCGCCUGCUGCUCCUCAACCUGGCGUCCAACCGCCUGCGAGCGCUGCCCCAGGAGGCGCUGGACGGGCUGGGUUCGCUGCGGCGCCUGGAGCUGGAGCGGAACGCGCUGGAGGAGCUGCGGCCCGGCGCCUUCGGGGCGCUGGGCGCGCUGGCCACGCUGAACCUGGCGCACAACGCGCUGGUCUACCUGCCGGCCAUGGCCUUCCAGGGGCUGCUGCGCGCGCGCUGGCUGCAGCUGGCACACAACGCGCUCAGCGUGCUGGCGCCCGAGGCCCUGGCCGGCCUGCCCGCGCUGCGCCGCCUCAGCCUGCAGCACAACGAGCUCCAGGCGCUGCCCGGAGCCGCGCUGUCCCAGGCCCGGGGCCUGGCCCGCCUGGAGCUGGGCCACAACCCGCUCACCUACGCGGGCGAGGAGGACGGGCUGGCGCUGCCCGGCCUGCGCGAGCUGGCGCUGGACCACGGGGCGCUGCAGGCGCUGGGUCCUCGGGCCUUCGCCCGCUGCCCGCGCCUGCACACGCUGGACCUCCGCGGGAACCAGCUGGACGCGCUGCCCCCGCUGCAGGGCCCGGGCCAGCUACGCCGCCUGCGGCUGCAGGGCAACCCGCUGUGGUGCGGCUGCCAGGCGCGGCCCCUGCUCGAGUGGCUCUCGCGGGCGCGCGUGCGCUCGGACGGCGCGUGCCGGGGCCCGCGGAGGCUGCGCGGCGAGGCGCUGGACGCGCUGCGGCCCUCGGACCUACGCUGCCCCGGGGACCCGGCAGAGGACGAGCCCGAGGAGCGGGCUCCUGGGCCCCGUGCGCCAGCCCGCGCCCCCGCCGAGCCCGAGGCUGCAGCCGCGCCCUGCCCGCGCGCCUGCGUGUGCACCCCCGGGUCCCGGCACAGCGGCUGCGAGGGCCGCGGGCUGCAGACGGUGCCCCGCGGCUUCCCCAAUGACACCCAGCUGCUGGACCUGCGGCACAACCACUUCCUGUCGGUGCCCCGGGCGGCCUUUCCCGGCCUGGGCCACCUGGUGUCGCUGCACCUGCAGCACUGCGGCAUCUUGGAGCUGGAGGCAGGCGCACUGGCGGGGCUGGGCCGCCUCGUCUACCUCUACCUCUCCGACAAUCAGCUCUCCGACCUUAGCGCUGCGGCCCUCGACGGGGCCCCCAACCUGGGCUACCUGUACCUGGAGCGCAACCGCUUCCUGCAGGUGCCAGGCGCCGCCCUGCGCGCCCUGCCCAGCCUCGUGUCCCUGCACCUGCAGGACAAUGCUCUGGAGCACCUGGGCCCUGGGGACCUGGCGGGUGUGCGGGCCUUGCGCUGGCUCUACCUGAGCGAAAACCACAUCACUCAGCUGUCCGCUGGGGCACUGGGGGCAGCUCGUGAGCUGGAGAAGCUGCACCUGGACAGGAACCGGCUUCGAGAGGUGCCCACUGGGGCCCUGGAGGGGCUUCCCGCGCUGCAGGAGCUGGACCUCUCAGGGAACCCACUCCGGGCCCUGCACGAGGGAGCCUUCCAGCCCGCAGGGCAGUCACUGCAGUGCCUCUUCUUGAACAGCAGUGGCCUGGAGCAGAUCUCCGCCGGAGCCUUCUCUGGCCUGGGGCCAGAGCUCCAGAGCCUGCAUUUGCAGAAGAACCAACUUUGGUCCCUGCCCGCGCUGCCCAGCCUCAGUAGCCUUGAGCUCAUCGACCUCAGUGCCAAUCCCUUCCAUUGUGACUGCCAGCUGCUCCCGUUGCACAGGUGGCUCACUGGGCUGAACCUGCGGGUGGGAGCCACCUGUGCCACCCCUCCUGGUGCCCGGGGUCAGCGGGUGAAGGCUGCAGCUGCUGUCUUUGAAGCCUGCCCAGGCUGGGCUGCCAGGAAGGCCAAGCGGACACCGGCAUCCAGGCCAGGGACCCGGAGGACCUCAGUCAAGGGGAGGCCAUGAGGAGCUGGCAAGGCCGGGAUGGAGAGGUCGCCUCCGAGCUGCGCAGCGCAGGCCGGCCCUGCCUGGACCCCCGGGAACUCUUACUCUCGCCAGGCCCGGGCUCCGACUCGACCUUCCCUGAAGCCUGCAGCUCGUGCUCCAGCAGGGGCUUCUUGGAGCCCUGUCUGAGGGCGCGGGGCUUGGCUGGUGGGAUCCUUUUCCCUUGGAAUAAAAAUGGAAUCAAAGCCA